AUGUCUUCCCUCCCACCAGGAACGGAUCUUUGCGCCAUUCCAGCGGCUGAACCUCCACCAGGCCAGACAUCCAACUUCGUAAACCCACCGAACUUGGCCGCUGAGACCAUCGCUGUGACAACAGUGACGCUCGCUUGGGCGACACUGUUUUCAGCAGCGAGGCUGUAUACGAACUUUCGCAAGCUGACUUGGGCUGACGGCUUUGUGGUCAUCGCGCUGGCGCUGUCCGCGACAUACAAUGCCUUGGUUCUGGAUAUGGGAUAUACCCGCCUGCUGGUUUACCGCCAGAUACAUGAAGGCAUGACAAUUCCUGUUGCUUGCUCUCCGAGUGCUUACCAUGCAGUUCUCCAGAUUCUCUACGCACAAGGCACCAUCCUUGGACCCGUCAUCUUCUUUGCGAAAUCCUCCAUUUUCCUACUAUGUCGACAGAUCUUCACCAUCCAGAAACCGAUGAAAUACGCCAUCCGGUUCGGUCUGCUCUUCACUUUUCUUCUUUACUGGCCAGGCGUCGGUCUGGAAUCGUACUACGCCGCACCGCAUAUCGGAGAGACAUGGGAGGAUCUGCUGGUCAACCACCGACCAGAGAAAUUGAUAUACUGGGGUAUCGUGCAGGGAGCCCUCUCCGUGGUUCUGGACAUCUACAUCUUCAUCCUGCCGCUCCCGCUUCUCUCGAAGCUGCAACUUCCGCGCAAGAAGCGAUGGAAGCUCUUGAUCAUCUUUUCGACCGCCAUGAUGGGUAUCGUCGCCAGCGUCAUCGCACUCGUUUUUCGCAUUCAGCUGCUAACCACCUCUGACACCACCUAUACCCAGAGUGCGCUCUUCAUCUGCGUAAACGUCGAGAACAACGUCGCCAUCAUCGUCAGUUCGAUGCCCUUCUUCGCGGCCUUUUUCAGAAGCCACAUCCUCGAAUCGGCCCUUCUCAAGUCUCUACGCUCAAGACUAAGCUCUAGCGGGGGCCGCUCCGUCAUCGGAACGGUAGACCAUCAUAUGCCCAAGGAUAAACCGUCCCCAUCGCAUCUCCUGGACGAUACGACGGGUCAGUACCAUGAGCUGAGAGACUUUGCUUAUGCAACGAACACCAAAAUACAGGCGGGACGGGGUGGGGAACGGCCGUCAAUGCAGGGAAGGGGAAUCUCCCGUGAGGUCAACAUUGAGCAGGAGAUUCGGGAGUAUUCCAUUGUAUGA